AUGGUUGAAAUCGCUGAAAUGCCAUCUAUAAUCGUUGACGAACCGUCCACAUGUCCACAAUGCCCGAAAACGUUCGCAAAUGUACGGCUAUUGCAACAACAUCAACAAAUGUUCCAUUCGGACAAGUCGUUCAUUUGCGAAAUAUGCGGCAAAGCGUUUCGGUUUCGAUCGAAUCUGGCUGAACAUCGAUCUGUACACACGGCGUUGAAACCUUACGUCUGUAAGUACUGUGGGAAAAGUAGUCGACUGAAAGGGAACCUCACGAAACACAUAUUGAAACAUCAUAAGAAAGAGCAAAAUGAGCAAAUCGGGAAGGACGAUAUUAUCAUUAAAAAAGGUAAAAAAUCGGUUAAGGACCCAGCGGCUGUAGACUUCCUUGAAAAAUCCAUGAUCGUUAUGGCCCAAAAUACGACAGCUGAAGGUACGACGCCAUGUGUGUUGCCGAAAGAAGAAACCAACGAUCAGGAGAGGUCGAUUUUGAUAUCAUUGGGCCUUGACUACAGCCAUUCGUUGGACCUUCGAGACAGCCCUGAAGCGAGCGCUAGCCCUGAAAACGGUACAUACAGCUCUGCGAAACCGGAAUACAUCGAAGAUCAGCCAUACGGUAGCCCACUUCCUGCGAAUACAGUUGGCGGCGAGACAUCAUUGGCAGCUCUAAUCGCUUCAGUGGGCACGCCUCCUCAUGCUACAAACAACAAAACUCAAUGCUCUGAAUGUGGCAAACACUUCCGCAAAAGUAAGCAGUAA